UCGAUGUCGGUCCGCCCCUCAUCUGGUUUCGUCACUGUGACGUGUCUGUCCCCUUUUUCGGUGUUAGGAUGUGGUUCUGGUCCCGGGAUCCGGCCCGCGAUUUUCCUUAUGACAUUAUAGGGGAUAGAGAUGAUUUACCUGGAGGAUGGGGUAUCCAAAAGGGGAAAAGGAAGACUGGUGGAGAUGCAGUGUCCGUGUUCACAUAUGAGAUUCGACCUGGAGCGGAGGAGCAGACACAAGCAGCUAAAACUGCUUUAAAAAGGAUAAAGACCCUAAGGCACCCCAACAUCUUGUCAUAUGUGGAUGGGCUUGAGACUGACAAAUGUGUGUAUGUUGUGACAGAGCCUGUGACCCCACUUGCCACAUACAUGAAAUCUAGAAGUGAUAUUGGUGGGCUCAGUGAGUUGGAAAUUUCAUGGGGCCUUCAUCAGAUUGUGAAAGCACUCAGUUUUCUGGUGAAUGAUGGAAACCUUAUUCACAAUAAUGUCUGUAUAUCUGCAUUGUUUGUGGAUCGAGCUGGAGAAUGGAAAUUGGGUGGUCUUGAAUAUAUGUUCCCAGCUGGGGCAGAGGAAACUGCGCCCAGAAAAGGCUUGGAAAUGGAGAAAUACAACCCCCCUGAAAAGACAGGCCGGACAAAAACAUCUGGAGAGAAGUGGUCAGCUGAUAUGUGGUGUCUUGGUUGUCUAAUCUGGGAGGUGUUUAACGGUCCCCUUCCUCGCCCCGCUGCUCUACGUUCCCUCGGAAAGAUCCCCAAGACACUGGUGCCUCAUUACUGCGAGCUUGUUGGAGCCAAUCCUAAAAUCCGUCCAAACCCUGCACGCUUCCUCCAGAGCUGCCGCUCCCCAGGAGGCUUCUUCAGCAAUAGUUUUGUGGAGACAAACUUGUUUCUGGAGGAAAUACAGAUUAAGGAACCAGCUGAGCGGCAAACAUUUUUCGAGCAGCUUAGUGAAAACUUAGAUUCAUUCCCUGAGGAUUUCUGCCGUCAUAAAAUCCUCCCUCAGCUGCUAACAGCAUUUGAAUUUGGCAGUGCAGGCGCUGUUAUCCUGACUCCCUUAUUUAAGAUUGGCAAGUUUCUGAAUGCAGAAGAAUAUCAGCAAAAGAUAAUUCCUAUAAUUGUUAAAAUGUUCUCCUCUACAGACCGCGCCAUGAGGAUACGUCUUCUUCAACAGAUGGAGAAUUUCAUUCAGUAUCUGAAUGAACCAACAGUGAACACACAGAUUUUCCCCCAUGUUGUCCAUGGAUUUAUGGACACUAACCCUGCUAUACGAGAACAAACAGUCAAGUCUAUGUUACUCCUAGCUCCUAAGUUAAAUGAGAAUAACCUUAAUGUGGAGCUUAUGAAACACUUCGCUCGACUUCAGGCAAGGGAUGACCAGGGACCUAUCCGGUGUAACACAACUGUGUGUCUAGGCAAGAUUGCACCCUACCUCAACCCCACAACACGCCAGAAGGUCCUGAUUUCAGCAUUUAGCAGAGCUACCAAGGAUCCGUUCUCCCCAUCACGGUCAGCUGGUGUCCUUGGCUUUGCUGCAACACAUAACUUCUAUUCCAUGAAUGACUGUGCAAUGAAAAUCCUACCUGUACUUUGUAGUGUUGUGGUGGAUCCUGAAAAGAGCGUCAGAGAGCAGGCCUUCAAAGCAAUCCACAGUUUUCUGGAUAAAUUAGAAUCUGUGUCAGAGAAUCCUGCACAGUUGGCAGAGCUUGAGAAAGAUGUGAACACAGCUUCAAUGAACCCUGGCAUUGUAGGAGGCUGGGCAGGCUGGGCUGUCACAGGGGUUUCCUCCUUGACCUCUAAACUCAUUAGAACAAGUGUAGCGGGAGGUCAAGAAGCUACAUCAGCAGGAGUGACUACAUCUCCCACAUCAACUGCACCUACCGAGGCAAAUAAACCAGAUUCUACUCUUCCACUAUCAAUUCCAUCUCCUUCAAACAUAACAUCCCAUUAUGAACGGGAGGAAGAUAAAGAUGUAAUGGAAGAGGGUGCCUUAGAUCGGUGGGAUGAUGAAGACUGGGGUAGUCUGGAGGACUCGGAACAAAACAAGGAGCUUACAGAGACUGACGACUGGGACACGGGGUGGAACCAGAACACUGUUAAAAAGAGCCAGGAAAAAACAGCCCAAUUAAUUUCCUCCAGUAUGAAAUCAGAGCAGCAGCAGCCUGAAAGCUCUGUUCCGGGUGAUAACUGGGGUUGGGAAGAUGCCUUCCAGACUGUCUCCUCAACACAGGAUUCUACAUCAUCUAAGGUUCAUCAGCCUGUCGGCACCAGACCUACCAGUGAAUACAACUGGAACAGCGCUGGCAGUGGCAAUAAGCAGGCAGAUUUAUUUACGGUCACAGAACGUCCAAACCAGAAAAAUGUUGAGAGUCACACUUCAGAUGCUGUUGGGGACUGGGGCGGAGAUGACAAUUGGGAGUCUGUAGAAGCAGAUCAGGGCCCGAGUAAAACUGAAAUCGCUCGUAAAAAAAGAGAAGAACGACAACGAGAAAUUGAAGCCAAGAGAGCAGAGCGGAGAACGGCCAAAGGGCCCCUAAAACUGGGAGUGAGAAAACUGGACUAAAAGAAACUGUUGGGUUUGCAUAAAAGUAGUGGAGAGUAGGGGACAUAAACUCACCCACUAGCAAACUGUGACAUUUUACAUCAAGGCGAGAGAGAAGAAGGUCGAAGGUUUCAUAAUAUUUAUGCUGUAUAUUUUUUAAUGUUAUAAGAUGCUGUACAUUAACAGCAAAGGAAUAAAAUAAUUUUCCAAACCACAAA